GUCUCUGACUGGGGCAGCAGUGAUCCGAGUCUGUGUGGAAAGGAGGGUCGGUUCGCGCGCACGAGUGCGGAGCAGGUCAAUUUCAACACGCGAACGGCGUUCUGCAGCAGAGGCGCCGUGGAGUGGCGGGGAUCCGCCUUGCGCUGCUGGGGUCGCUGCUGCUCUGUUUUUCUGCUCUCAUGUUCACAAUGCUGCCGUCCUCCCGCCACACCUGUGACUGACUGCUCUAAAGAUCGUUCAGUCUUCAACUUGCCUCAUCCAAUCAUCUCAAGUCAAAGCAUCUAA